AUGGCGUAUCCCCUGCAGGUGGGGCUGGACAGCGAGGGUGCCAGGAGUGCUGUAAGCGGAGUUUCACGUUUGGGACAGGGUUUCGACACUUCCGGCAGGAUACGUCAUUGUUUGUACUGCACCUACAGUACCCCAGUUACCACCAAUUUGAAAAGUCAUCUGCGAACUCAUACUGGAGAGAAACCUUUUUCCUGUACACUCUGUCCAUAUCGAGCCACCACGAAAGUCACACUAAUGAGACACAUUCGUACACAUACAGGGGAAAAACCUUUUGCUUGUGAUUUGUGCUCAUACCGUGCCAUUCAGAAGAGCACUCUUAGAUACCAUGUUUUGAAUACUCAUAAAAAAAAACUUGAAACAGUGGAUAAAGUAAGCAUGAUACACGUUUUUUUUUUUUUUCAUUUCAUGACUGAGCAAGAUGGGUGUUCCCCACAGGUAGUUCUGGACAGUGAUGGACUGAUGAAUACAGGAAGAGGAGCAUCAGGAUACGGGAAAGGCUUCACUUCCACCAGUAAGAAGCUGUAUAUGUGCCCUCACUGUCCAUAUGUGUCGAAUGUAGCGACCAAUUUAAGGAAUCACAUGCGCACUCACACAGGUGAAAAACCAUUUAGAUGCUCAUAUUGUUCUUAUUCAGCCAUUACAAAGGAUAAUCUUAAGAGGCAUAUUCGUAAUCAUACUGGUGAGAAGCCAUUUGAGUGUAAAGUGUGCCCCUAUCGGAGUGCUGACAGAAACACUCUGAUGACUCAUAUUGUAACACAUCAUCAAUAAAGAAAGUUAGACUCCUUAAGAGAAGAAUUAGCAGUAUUUUCUAAGCAAGGUCUAGGAGAUUAUUGUGUUGAUUUAGAUUGAUUUUUUUUUUUUUGUUAUUAGAACUAAGUGCAUAGUUUUUUGUUGAUUUACUGUUUGGUGCGAUAUUAUUGGAAUCACAAUAUCCUUGAAACACUAAGGUCUUUAUUUUUCACUGAAAUGUACAAUAUUUCAAAAUAAAAAUAAUGAAUAUUAAAUUGUAUAUGUUUCCUGUUAUGAUAUACAAAAGCCUGAAGGUGCAUGCCUGUACAUAAAUUGUCAUGGACAUGUAGUUUCUAAUGUGUAUCCCUGAAGCCUUGUUUGAUCUUCUCAGAAUCUAGAUUAUUUUUCCUCUUGUGAACCCUCAUGGAAACUUACACGUACACCCCCAGACAUGUUACCUAGCCUGAUCCUUUAUAAAUGUGUUUUCCAACAUUGUGCAGUUUUUCUCUAUAUAAUCUUAGGUUAGUACAGUGGACCCCCGCAUAACGAUUACCUCCGAAUGCGACCAAUUAUGUAAGUGCGUUUGUACGUGUAUGUUUGGGGGUCUGAAAUGGACUAAUCUACCUCACAAUAUUUCUUAUGGGAACAAAUUCGGUCAGUACUGGCACCUGAACAUACUUCUGGAGUGAAAAAAUAUCGUUAACCGGGGGUCCACUGUAUAUACAUAAUGUUUUUCAGAACUUGUUAUUGGAUAUAUCAUUUUAUUCUGGAUAACCAUAACACAGAUUUUACUUGAAUAGGUUUAUUUUAAGAACACAAACCUCUGUACUGUACAAGGAUUUUUU